AACAAAAACCUCAAUAGAGCAACCAAACAAAACCCCAAACCCAUACACGAAGCAGCUCCAUCCCUACUCCUAGUUCCACUACCACAGACCACAUGGCUCCCUCCAAAACCCAACCACCACCACCAGAGCACCACCCCUACAUCCCAUUACCCCACGACCAAAGCGACAACGUUCUACCAUCUUCUUACUCCUCCCAGCUCCCUCAACGCAGCACAACCAUUCUUCUCACUCUUCUCCUCCUCCUCCUAUCUUCCUCCCUCUACGUCUUCUGGCCCUCCGAUCCCUCCCUCAAGAUCGUACGGCUCAAGCUGAAGAGAGUCCACGUGCACACCCGGCCGCGCGUUACCAUCGACCUGUGCAUGGCAGUGAGGAUCAAGGUCCGGAACGGCGACGUUUACUCGAUGGACUACGAUGCGCUGGAGGUCGGGGUUGGCUACAGAGGGAAGAGGCUGGGCCAGGUGAGGUUCCAGCAGGGACACGUGAGGGCUUUUGGGUCAUCUUACGUUGACGCUGAGGUGGAGUUCAAUGGGGUCGGAGUGUUUUCCGACGUGGUGCUCCUCCUGGAGGACUUGGCCAAGGGAGCCGUACCGUUUGACACUGUUACGGAGGUCCGGGGGAAGCUCGGCGUCCUAGUCUUCCACUUCCCUUUGCAGGCAAGAGUAUCGUGUGAAGUUUUGGUAAACAUGGUGAAUCAAACAAUUUUUCGUCACAAAUGUUAUGAGUGAGGAAUUUGGGCACCUGCGCAUUGUUUCAGUAUAGAGGUGGUUGCUAUAUGUGCCAUGUAAAUUAUACCCUUAUAGUACCCGCUUUUCGUUUUAGGUAUGGAAAGGGUAAAAGGCUUUGGGGGUGUGAAAUUUGCAACAUGCACACACUGUCGAUCAUAUUGUAUAUAUUCGUCUCUUAAUUUGUAUCAUCAUUUCGAAGGUCUACUUGUAUGUACCAUAUAUACUUUUUUAUUACCCCGACUUUCCUUA